AUGUUCGGCCUUCGCGCUUACCCGGUCCCCGUCUGGAAGCCCCUCUACCCCUUCAUCCUCGGAGGCGCAAUCGUCUUCUACGGCACAGUGAAGCUGCAGAACGCUAUGCUGGAGAGCGACGAGUUCAAGAAGGACCCUAGGAACCCGUACGCCAACAAGAAGUCCGGAGGACACUAA